AUGCUCAUCGAUGAUACUCAUGAAGAACUAUAUCUCCUUCAAGCACCCUUCCCAUUAUACAAAAUGGCGAAGAGCGUUGGCGAUAGCUUCAAAGACCGUCGGACCAUCUAUGCCCUGACUAAUGAAUCGACUAUCUCCGAUGAUCGACUAGAGGAAUUACUUACCGACGUUGUUCGGCACACCCCAAGUCCCUUUAACAGCCAGACAUCGCGGCUGAUCGUGCUCCUCAAGGAUGAGCACCAGAAACUGUGGAAUAUUGCAUAUGAAGUCGCCAGCUCAACUGUUUCUCCAGAAGUGUUUGACAAGGUCUACAAGCCACGGAUCGCCAUGUUUCGCGGGGGAUAUGGGACUGUGCUGUUCUAUGAAGAUCCUGCACCGAUACGGCCACUAGAAGAAAAGUGGCCGAUGCUAAUGGACAAAUUUCCGCAAUGGUCUGAACAUGCCAGUGCCAUGCAUCAAUAUGCGCGUGAGUCAAAGCCCAACAAGACCUUAAGUACAUUGCUGAUGAACAACCCCCUAGUCUGGACGCUCCUGGAAGCAGAAGGGCUUGGAUGUAGUCUCCAACACUACAACCCAAUGUUUGAUGCCCACGUUGCCGAACAAUGGAAGAUUCCUGCGGAUUGGAGUCUCAAGGCCCAGUUGGUCUUUGGGAAGCCGAUUGGUGGUCCCCGCGAAAAGACUUUUGAGCCUGUGAACCAGAGACUAUUUGUGCAUGGAAAGUAA